AUGAGUGCACAGCUAAAAAGAGGGGAAAUUGUGGGGAAGGAAAACACUACAGGACUCGUUAUAGGUAAAUGGAAAGACAAAAGGGAUGUUCCGUUCUUGAGUACUAAGCACACGCUGGAUAUAAAGGCCACUGGGAAGAAACACAGAAAGAGCGAGGAGGUAAAGAAACUUUCUGCCAUAUUAGAAUAUAAUGCUGGUAAAGAUGGUAUAGAUGUUUCUGAUCAAAUGGCUAGCUACUUUUCGCCACUCCGGAAAACAAUUAGAUGGUAUCAUAAACUAAUGUUCGAAAUUCUCCUGAAUACGGCUGUCAUCAAUUCUCUUAAUAUUUGCAAGCACUUCAAAAAACAAAACAUACAAAUUGGUGCUUUUAGAGAGAUGUUCAUUGAGAGCCUUACUCAAGUCCCAAGUGUCCCAGUACAUGAAGAUAAACAUAGUCUGAUCAGUACAGAAGAAAGAACAGCAGACGGGAGAAAGAAAAGGAAGAGAUGCAUUUCAUGUUAUGAGAAAAAAGCCAGAGAAGGAGGACGAGUUGUGGGAAUGAAACAAGCUAAACUGGUCUCUACCAAGUGCGGGCAAUGCAAUAUUCAUUUAUGUUUUACUUGUUUCACUGAAAAACAUUAGUUUUAUUUUCUAUUUCUUCUGUGAUCACCGGUGAUACUGAUGGCACUGGAGAAAUACCGAUUAACCUGUAUGCCAGGUGUAUCACCGGUGAUUUUAAUUUUUUGCAGAAAAAAACAUCUUUUUUGAGUUGUUUAUACGUUUUUUAUGCCAAUAAAGCUUUCGUAACCAUGCUUUUGUGAUAAUUUGGCUUUGGCCUCUAAUAAAUGAAAAUGACCCCUUAUGGGGGCAGCCAAAGUGUUAAGAGUAUACUUUAGCCCAUAAAGGUCGAAAUUCUUUUUUUUUCGGAAAACUUUGAAGAUAUCAGCA